AUUUAAAAUGGUAAAGUUAUACACAGAAAGUUUUGAGCGGAAAUAUCAUGCAAGGGUAUUCUCAUGAACAAAUUUAUUCUAUGUCCUGACUGUUAUCUCAGUUUGGGUUAUUCCGCUUGUAAUAAUAGCUCUGACAGGAAGCUUUACAGGAAUACCUUCAGUAAACUACUCACGAUCGAAUGUAAAGUUCACUAAUGAGGUCUACAUCCAAGGUGAUUUUGGAGGCACAAUCAGAAGUUAUUCAAAUAUUCAGCUACUAAACCAGCAAAUUAAUAACAAAAUAUCUGGUGUGAUCUUUAAGUCAAGAUUCAGAGAUGAAAAUAAUGACAGAAUCCCAGAAGAAUACAAAUUUGAUUUAUCGUUUCUCACAAAUGCAGAGUCAGUCAAUAGUCUGACAAUCUUACUCCAUUUUAAGUACUAUAUUGAGAACGGUGUGAACUCACAAUUCAAAGGAAUAGUCCCUAUCAUAAUCAGCUCUCCUUCAGGAAAAAGUAUUGGUGAAGCCUCGAUGGUGGGUGAGCUCAGAAUUAGGCAGGAUGAACCUAUUGAAAAGCUAAAUGGUAUUCCAGAGACUCUCUAUAACUUAAAUUUCACAGAGGAGAUUCUUAAAUAUUCCCCUGAGCAGAUUAUUGAUAGAUACACAUCAAGGAACCAGACUCUUAAUUACGUGCAUACAGCUCGUGUGAAUUCUUUUAAUAAAAUCAGUCUUCUUGAUACAACAACUAUCAGCAUUGAGAUGGGGAUUCCUAACUUUGCCAAAACUCUCUACACUCCUGGAGCUCUAGAGACCCUAAAAAUUGCAUGGAUCCAAUACUUUGCCAUCCUGGUUCCUAUCUACCUGCUAUUAUACAUUGGACUCUUUGCAAGAACCAUCGAGACUUAUGUCUUCGAUUCUGUUAUGACUAAUGAUUGCCAGUCUUCCAUUCGACAUAAGCUAAAGAAGUCCUAAUCUUUAAUAAUUCCCUCAAUAUUGCCAUUGAA